AUGGAUGAUUAUUUGCUUCGUUUGCAGAGAGAACCAUUUCCAAACUAUGUUAAAGAAAGAAUAGAAGGAGAAAUUAAAAAAAUCCAGAAACGUUCUGAUAGUCACACUAAAGAAAUUAGCGAAGAUCCUGAAAAUGAUAAUUUAACCGAAGUAGAACAAAAACUCAAUGAAAGACAUUUUGGAUUGAAGAAGGUAAAAAAAUUGAUUAUCAAUUAUUUGGGAGCUAAAAAACAAGCUGGAAAAAACCUUGGUAAAGUUAUUUGUUUAAUCGGUUCACCAGGAACAGGAAAAUCCUCUAUCGCUCGUUCUAUUGCUGAAGCACUAGGUCGUCCAUUUACAAAGGCUUCCCUAGGGGGUGUUCACGAUGAAGGAGAAAUUCGUGGCCAUCGUUCUACUUAUGUUCAUGCUAAGCCAGGAAUAAUUGUCCAGGCUCUCCAACGAGCAAAAAAAAGAAAUCCGGUAAUCUUAGUUGACGAAAUUGACAGCAUGGGUAAAAGUGAACAUAAUGGAGAUCCUGCUGCCGCUUUUUUAGAAAUUUUUGACCCGGAACAAAAUGAAAAUUUUCGCGAUCAUUAUAUUGAACUACCGAUUGAUCUUUCCCAAGUAAUGUUUAUUUGCACUGCUAAUGAUGCACAGAAAAUACCUUUACCUUUACUAGAUAGAAUGGAAAUAAUUGAAAUACCUCCCUACAAUGAAAGCGAGAAAUUUCAUAUUGCCAAAGAAUAUUUAAUUCCUAAAUUAUUGAAUAAAUACCGCCUUACCAAAGAACAGUUAGAUUUUGAGGAUCCAGCUAUUAAAAAAAUUAUCAAAGAUUACACUUGGGAGCCAGGAAUACGAAAUUUGGAAAAGAAACUUGAAAAUAUUUUCGCUGAAUUUUCUAAAAAAAAAGCACAAGGAGAUUUAAUCACUGAAAAGAUUACUUCGGCAAAAGUCCAAGAAUAUUUAGGAAAACCCGCAGUCCCUGAUUUAAGUAGUGAAGUUGAUUAUGAUAAACCCGGAGUAGUGAAUGGAUUGGGUGUUCUUAAUCCAGAAAUAGGUGGGGGAAGUGUUUUACCAAUCGAAGUAAAAAUUUUUUCAAAUGGCGAAGGAAAAAUUAUCACUACGGGUAAUUUAAAAAAAAUCAUGAAGGAAUCAAUCGAGAUAGCAAUUUCCUACGUUAAAAGUGCUGCUGCUGCUACGAAGUUUAAUCUUAAUCAAAACAUUUUUAAAAAUCAAGAUAUUCAUAUUAAUAUGCCAAAAGGUGAUAUUCCCAAAGAUGGUUCGAGUGCUGGUAUUGCUCUCACCACUGCCAUUAUUUCGGCUUUAAAUGAUAAAAAAAUUAAUAAGGAUAUUGGAAUGACCGGCGAAAUUAAUUUGAGUGGAAUUGUUGGAGAAAUUGGUGGAUUACGAGAAAAAAUUUAUGCUGCUCAUCGGAAAAAAUAUAAAGCAGUUUUUAUUCCCAAAAAAAAUGAAAAUGAUUUAGAUGACAUUCCCUCCGAAAUAAAAAAAGAUAAAUAUAGUAGGUUAUUGAUUGAAGCUGGAUUAUUUGCUUAUGGACCAACCAAAGGAAGAGUUCAAAACGUUUUAUUUCCUGCCCUCAUCCCCCUUGACCUGUUAAAAAAAGAAAAAGAACAUGUGACCGGAUUUAGCCCUGAAUGUUUUUUCAUUGAAAAAAUUGGUGAAAAGAGAAUAGAAAAUUCGCUAAUUCUACGUCCUACCAGUGAAGAAGGCCAUACCCUUCAUGAAAACAAGGAAGAAGCUCGAGAUUUUGCUUUAAAUAUCUUGAAAGUUUAUGAAGAUUAUGCGAAAAAUACCUUAUAUUUAGGAGUAAUAGUCGGUAAAAAGUCCGAAGGAGAAAAGUUCGCUGGAGCCAUAGAGACCUACACUGUGGAAUGCCUACUACCCGAUGGACAAUGCCUGCAAUUUGCUACUAGCCAUUAUUUUGGGGAUAAUUUUUGCCGUCUAAUGAAUGUCGAAUUUCAAACAAAAGACAAUAAACGACAGCAUCCUUUUUCCACUUCAUGA